AUGGAUAAUAAUAGUAAUAUUAAAAUUAUGAGUAUCACUGUUUACUACACUCCUGAAGACUUCAAUAUCGACAAACUCAAAAUUCUCUUCGAAAACGCUGAAGCGUAUGAAAUAAAUACCAUUGUAAUCCCCAGUCAGGAAAAAAUAGCAAUUGUCAAUUACAGGGAUAAAUCAGAGGCGGAAAAAAUAAUCCUUGAAUUUGAAGGGAAAAGGUUUGGAGAAAAUGAUUUUAAAAUAGAACUGACUGACAAUUUUAGAUCACUAAAAAUACCACCAAGAUCUCGAUCAAGAUCGCCUGUUUCUGAUCAUGAUAAAUGCACAGAGAAUAAUGCAAAUAUUUCUUUGGCUUAUUCUCCAAACGUACAGAACAAAAUAAGCGAUGAAGAACGAGUUCUUAAUGUACUAAAUGCAUGCCCAGACCCAACUGGAUUUAGUUCUAGUUAUGGCUGUGAAGAAUCAGUAAUAAGAAUGUCAGGGGAUUCUUUUAUAGAACACACUGAUAGCUUGAAAACCAUCAAUAAAAUUACUAACUCUCUCCCUUCGUGAGCGACCAAAAAAAUCUUGUUCGCUCACGGAGGGGGGUUAAUUGUUUUUUAAAAAAAUUUUCGAAAUUUAAAAAAAUCACACUUCUCAGAAAUUGGAAGGAAAUAUUAAUUUAAUUUGUAAAUUUAUGUUUUUAAAAACGCAAUUAAACAGAAUUAGCUUUUUUGUUCACUCACAGAGGGUGGGUUUUUGGCUAAAAUUUGGAUUUUUCCAAUGGUUUUGUUCGCUCAUGGAUGGGGAGGAGUAAGGCCAACCAAGAAAUAAUUAAAGAUGAAAAAUGCGUCGGCCAUGCUUUUACCAAUUUAAAUGUAAACUCUACUGAGUACUCUUUACCCACUAUAAAUCCUGCAAUCAGCGAAAGCAAUUUUAAUAUCCAACUUCCCAGCAUUUCAGAUUUACAGCCACAAGAAAAAGUUUCCUAUCCAAUCACAAAAAAGCCAAAGCGACCUGCAGUUUUAGAAAAUUUAAAUAUCAAAAGUGAAGUCAUGAAAUUUAAGCUUCCCAUACUAGACGAAUCAAAAAAGAUUAAGCCUAUGGAAGCAAAACCGAAUGACAAAAGCAAAGCAAAGGAGCAAAAGAACCAAGAAAAUCAGAGAAGACAAUCUCAGAGACUAAUAGAGAGGCAACAAAAAAGGGAGGACUAUGAAGAUGAAGAUUUAGAAGAUGAAGAAAUUGAGUUAGAAAAAUUCACUGCAGAGGAUGGGAGUAUAUUUACUGUUAUUUCCAGGAGCAGCUCGAAACAUAGAAAUGUUGAGUGUGGCACGUGUUUGAAAGUUAUUCAACAAAAAACGAUUUUGACCCAUAUAACUUCCAAAACUCACAAAGAAAAGAUAUUAGCUAAUAACCCCUCUUCGGUUUAA